AUGACGAAGCCCAAGGUGCUCCAGCUCGGCAACAUCCAACACGCCCACGACGCGUGGUCGGCCAUCAGCGAUGUCGCCGACGUCGUCAAGCCCAAGGCGACGAACCGCGCAGAGUUCCUCGAAGAGUGCAAGUCCGGCGCCCUCGACGGCGUCGUCGCCAUCUACCGCACCUUCUCUAGCGCAAAGGUCACCGGCCUUGUCGACUCUGAGCUCGUCGCCGCGUUGCCGUCAAGUCUACGCUUCAUCUGCCACAACGGCGCCGGGUACGACCAAAUCGACGUAAAAGCAUGCACGGCCCGCUCCCCCACGCCUCUCCUCGUGUCCAACACCCCGACGGCAGUGGACGACGCCACAGCCGACAUCAACAUCUGGCUCAUGCUCGGCGCCCUCCGCAACCUAAACGCCUCCAUCCUCAGCAUCCGCGCCGGCAAGUGGCGAGGCACUCCGGCCCCGGCCCUCGGCCACGACCCCCAAGGCAAGAUACUGGGUAUCCUCGGCAUGGGCGGCAUCGGCCGCAACAUGGCCAAGAAGGCGAGGGCCUUUGGCAUGUCGGUGCGCUACUUCAACCGUACCCGUCUCAGUGACGAUCUGGAGAAGGACGCGGGGGCCGAAUACGUCGAUUUCGAGACGUUGCUGCGCGAGAGCGAUGUCAUCUCGCUCAAUCUCCCUCUGAAUCCAAACACACGACACAUCAUCUCCACCGCCGAGUUCGCAAAGAUGAAAAAGGGCGUGGUGAUAGUCAACACGGCGCGCGGCGCCGUCAUCGACGAGGCGGCGCUCGUGGAGGCCCUCGACAGCGGCCACGUGGGCAGCGCCGGCCUCGACGUCUUUGAGAACGAGCCGGAGGUCCACCCGGGCCUCCUCGCCAACCCCAACGUGCUCAUCGUCCCGCACAUGGGCACCUACACCAUCGAGACCUCGGUCAAGAUGGAGGAGUGGGCCAUUGACAACGUCCGCCAAGCCAUCAGCCAGGGCAAGCUCAAGAGUAUCGUUCCAGAGCAGCAGAAUGUUGUCGGUGCUUAA